CUCGAACGUAACCCCUCUCAUCGGGGCUGCAGCGACGACGACGACAACAACAAGGAAGUGAUUGAGCGAGAAGAACCGCCGCCGCCGAAGCCGACAGUCGCCGCAAUCCUCCGCAGCUUACCGAGCCGUCUUUCCCGGCGCCGCCAUCAUGAACAGCAAAGGUCAAUAUCCUACACAGCCUUCCUACCCGGUUCAACCUCUUGGUAAUCCAUCAGUCUUCCCACAGACCAUACAGCUUCCUCAGGCUCCACCUUACACCGAGGCCCCUCCAGCUUACUCUGAACUCUACCGCCCAACUUUUGUGCACCCCGGAGCUGCCACUGUACCUACCAUGUCUGCAGCUUACCCUGGUGCUUCCCUGUAUCUUCCUAUGGCUCAAUCCAUGGCUAUGGGUCCAAUGGGAUCUUCAGUUCCCCUGGCAUUUUACCCGGUGGGCCCAGUCUAUCAUCCUGGGUCCACUGUUCUUGUUGAAGGGGGCUUCGACGCUGGAGCAAGGUUUGCAACUGGUGCCCCUGCUAAUAUUCCUGUUGCUGUUUUUCUCUUCCAGCCCCCGCCUCCAGGCUGCCCCCCCAACGCGGCCCAGCUGGCUGUCAUGCAGGGUGCCAACGUUCUAGUGACGCAACGGAAGGGCAACUUCUACAUGGGAGGCUCUGAUGGCGGCUACACCAUCUAGUGAAAGGAGGGGGGGGCUACAUUGGUGUAAAGGAACGACAUCACAUACUGUCAGCACUUCUCACAAUGUAACCGCUUUAGUCGUAUUAACCUGGAGUUGCAGUUUAGACACAUGAUGAUGCGGGGUGUCUUCCUGGUGCCCUGACCCUUCAGGCACUUUUUUUCUUUUUAAAA